AAAGCAGAGUCGAGGUGACAGGCGGGCGAGCUGGGACGCGGAGCGCGGCGGCGGCGGCUCUCUGCGCUCGAGCGGCGGAAUGGCCCGUGCGCGGCUCUCCGCGUCUCUAGCCUGCCUGCCAUAGACGCCGGCGCCCGUCUCCCGCUCGGCCCCUGGCGCGGACGCUGCCCGGGACGCCCGGUGACUCGCACCGCCCGUUCAGGGUUUUUAGACUGAGGAGCAAUUGGAGCUCAUCCACAGCGUGGAAAUGGACACCACCGAACCUGAGCCAGACUGUGUGGUGCGGCCUCCCUCUCCUGAUGACUUUUCGUGCGAAAUGAGACUCUCUGGGAAGAUCACUCCAUUAAAGACUUGUUUUAAGAAAAAGGAUCAGAAGAGACUGGGAGCUGGCACCCUGAGGUCUUUGAGGCCAAUACUAAACACUUUGCUGGAGUCUGGGUCACUUGAAGGAGUUUUCAGGUCUAGAGACCAGCAUGCAAAUGAGAGCAGCUUACAAGAAACCAUGAUGAAAAAACCCCUGGAAAUCAAUCCACCAUGCCCACCAACUGAAAACGGUAUGUCUGUGCUGAUUCCUGAUGGGACAGAUGUCAGGGGCCAGAUACCAGAGGCCCAUCCUUCUGCUGAUGCUCCAGAACAGGUGGUUUCGAUCCAGGCUCACAGCUUUCCUCCAGAAACCAUCAGUGGGACAGUGGCAGAUUCCACACCAGGGCAUUUACAAACGGACCUUUUACAUUCGGUUUCAAGUGAUGUUCCUGUUAGUCCUGACUGUAUUGAUAAAAUCUUGGAUUAUGUUCCAGGGGUUUUCCAAGAUGACGGUUUUACAAUUCAGUACAUAUUGGACACCAGUGAUAAGCUGAGUACUGAGCUCUUUCGGGACAAAAGUGAGGAAGCGUCCCUUGACCUUGUCUUUGAGCUGGUGAACCAGCUGCAGUACCAUACUCACCAACAGAAUGGAGUUGAGAUUUGCAUGGACUUUCUGCAGGGCACUUGUAUUUACGGCAAGGAUUGUCUAAAACACCACACAGUCUUGCCCUAUCAUUGGCAGAUCAAGAGGACGACGACUCAGAAAUGGCAGAGUGUAUCCAAUGAUUCUCAGGAGCACUUGGAAAGAUUUUACUGUAACCCAGAAAAUGACAGAAUGAGGAUGAAGUAUGGAGGACAGGACUUUUGGGCAGACUUGAAUGCCAUGAAUGUGUAUGAAACAACUGAGUUCGACCAGCUCCGAAGGCUGUCUACACCAUCCUCUGCCAGUGCCAACUCUGCUUAUCACACAGUCUGGAAGUUCUUCUGCAGGGACCACUUUGGCUGGAGAGAAUAUCCUGAGUCUGUUAUUCGGCUGAUUGAAGAAGCCAGCUCUCGGGGUCUGAAGGAGGUCCGCUUCAUGAUGUGGAACAACCACUACAUCCUCCACAACACCUUCUUCAGGAGAGAAGUCAGGAGGAGACCCCUUUUCCGCUCCUGUUUUAUCCUCCUUCCUUAUUUACAGACACUUGGUGGGGUUCCCACACAGGCUCCUGCACCUCUCGAAUCAGCCUCGGCAUCACAGAUCAUCUGCCCGGAUGGAGUCACCUCAGCCAACUUUUACCCCGAAACUUGGAUUUACAUGCAUCCGUCUCAGGACUUCAUCCAAGUGCCUGUUUCUGCAGAGGACAAAAGUUACCGAAUCAUUUACAAUCUUUUUCAUAAGACUGUGCCCGAGUUCAAGUAUAGAAUUUUGCAAAUACUGAGAGUUCAAAACCAGUUUCUCUGGGAGAAAUAUAAAAGGAAAAAGGAAUACAUGAACAGGAAAAUGUGUGGCCGUGACCGAAUAAUCAACGAGAGGCAUUUGUUUCAUGGGACGUCUCAGGACGUGGUUGACGGCAUCUGCAAGCACAAUUUUGACCCUCGAGUCUGUGGGAAGCAUGCUACCAUGUUUGGACAAGGCAGUUACUUUGCAAAGAAGGCAAGCUACUCUCAUAACUUUUCAAAGAAGUCCUCCAAAGGAAUCCAUUUCAUGUUUCUGGCCAAAGUCCUGACUGGCAGAUACACGAUGGGUAGUCACGGCAUGAGGAGACCCCCUCCGGUCAACCCCGGCAGUGUCACCAGCGACCUCUAUGACUCCUGUGUGGAUAACUUUUUCGAACCCCAGAUUUUUGUCAUUUUUAAUGAUGACCAGAGUUACCCUUAUUUUGUUAUCCAGUAUGAAGAAGUCGGUAACACUGUUUCCAUUUGAAAAAUCUUGGUACUGCUAAAUUAUUUGGUAUGAACUCAAUCCAGCAUUUGUAGCAGGUUUCGGAUCGGUGGGAUUGGGUGGAGAAGAGCAUUGGACGUAGGUAGGGCACUUUUCAGACCCAUUUUUUUAAGUACUAGAAAAUGUAAUUUUUUUUUUUGAAGAAAAAUGAGUUUUAAAAUGAUCACUUAUGCUAUAAUUAUUUACUAAUUGUUAGUGUAUUCGUGUGGAGAGGACUACAGAUGACAUACUCUUUUCCUUCACACUUGUACAGAGAGGCAGGAGUACUAUUAGAAGCAUAAACAACUGAACAGCCUAACUAAUGAAAUGUGGUUUGGACUAGGUAGAAGUUUGGCCAAGUCAAAUGGAAGCUAUCAGCAAAGUGAGGAUUCCAUUUAUUUACAUAGAUAAAACUGACUGGAAAUAGUAUGCCAAGCUUAGUUCCCAUCCAGCAGCGUAUCACUAUUUUCGUGUAUUAUAAGUUAAAAUUGUAGUGGGUGGAAAAAAAAUUUGUGUUUACUUUUUUGAAAUACAUCACCUGAUUGGA